UCACUCGCCGCCAACGGUAUGGACUUGGCAAGCUCUUCACUGAUGAAGUUGAGCGAGAAGCCGCUAUCCACCAAAGUCAACGCGGUCAUCCCGCCCACUUGGGCCUGGAAUCGGAGCGUGCCCGGAGUAGGCAGCCCGGUCGACGAGUUGAGGGACAGUAACACAGCGUCGCCGGAUCCCCGCCCCUGCCCACUACCGCCUUCGUUCUUGCGCGACACCCCACCCCCGGUCGUCGCGGUCCCUGCGCGCCCUCCGCCCUGUUCGCCUGCCGCCGUGCUGCGGAGCCCGGCUCCUGCCGUGGCCAACAGCACCGCCACGCCUCCCUCCCGGCACGAAGGCCGGCCACCAGCCUCGAGCGCGCCACCGCGCCCUAUCGCCGCGACGGAGUCGGCGUUGCAGCGGUCGUCGCAAUUGGGUCGCCCUCCUCCUCCGCCGCCGCAGCAGUCCACCCUCGGUCACGAGCCUCUUGUUUGAGCUCAGCUAACGUGAACUCGAUCUGCUGUCGUAUACGAGCCCAUGCCGGAUCGAUGAGCUUUGAAGAACUCAUGACGGCUCUGAUACCAAAUGAUAGAUCCUUGUAGGGAAGAAGAGAAUUGGGAAUGAGAAUUAGGGAUUGAGAAGAAGAAUUUUAGGGAUUUGAGAGAAUUGGGAAAGAACCGGAGAAAGAUAGGUUUAGGAAUUUUGAUAUUUUUAUUGCUUAAUUCCCAAAUGAAUGUACAGAACUCUU